GUUCGCCAUGGCUUCUUCGGACUUGCAUCCGGUGAGGGAUGACAGCGGUGUUGGAGGCUUCCAGCCCUACCUAGACUCCUUGCGGCAGGAACUUCAGCAGAGAGACCCGACGCUGCUGUCAGUAGUGGCGGCGAUUCUCGUGGUGCUACUGACGCUGGUGUUCUGGAAGUUCAUCCGGAGCAGAAGGAGCAGUCAGAGAGCUGUUCUUCUUGUUGGCCUUUGUGACUCAGGGAAAACAUUACUCUUUGUCAGGUUGUUAACAGGUCUUUACAGAGAUACACAGACUUCCAUCACUGAUAGCUCUGCUGUAUACAGAGUCAACAAUAAUAGGGGUAAUAGCUUGACCUUGAUUGACCUCCCAGGCCAUGAGAGCUUACGACUUCAGUUCUUAGAGCGGUUUAAGGCUUCAGCCAGGGCUGUUGUGUUUGUUGUGGAUAGUGCAACAUUCCAGCGAGAGGUGAAAGACGUGGCUGAGUUCCUAUAUCAAGUUCUUAUUGACAGUCUGGGUCUGAAGAAUGCACCAUCCUUCUUAAUAGCCUGCAACAAGCAAGAUAUUGCAAUGGCAAAAUCAGCAAAGUUAAUUCAGCAGCAGCUUGAAAAAGAACUCAACACCUUACGAGUUACCCGUUCUGCUGCCCCCAGCACACUGGACAGUUCCAGCACCAUCCCUGCUCAGCUGGGAAAGAAAGGCAAAGAAUUUGAAUUCUCACAGCUGCCCCUCAAAGUGGAGUUCCUGGAGUGUAGUGCCAAGGGUGGGAAGGGGGACAGUGGCUCUGCGGACAUCCAGGACUUGGAGAAAUGGUUGGCUAAAAUUGCCUGAGCAGAACGCUUGGAUUUGUAUGUGACUGGCAGUUUUGGAAAAGGAUCUUCCUGGGAGUCGAUAAAGAAGGGGUGCAAAAUAUGGUUAGAAACAGUUCUUGUUCCAGAAACAAAUUACUGUUGAA